AUGAAUCAGAAUGAUGAUGUGGUUGAUAUAGCAUGCAUUGUGUCAUGCUUAUGCCCUAUUUCCUUUUCCAAAGUCAGCGUCCCUGUUCGAGGAAAGAGAUGUCGUCAUUUGCAGUUUUUCGAUAAGGCAUCGUUUUUAGAGUUGUAUGAAAAACAGGGACAUGGUCCUUGCCCCAUUUGUUUAGAAGAUACCCAUUCAUCCGAAUUGGUGGAGGAACCUUAUAUAAAGCAGCUAUUAGAUUCUACGCCUCCAGAUCAGGAGACAAUAUCAAUAAAGCAAGAAUAUUCCUUUUCCAGCAAUCUCUAUAGAGGGCAAACUCCGUCCCUGCCUCACUAUCCAAACAACAGGACGAAUCAAGUUUCUCGAUUCUACAAGACGGAGAAUAAUGAAAUUCUUCCAAUUCCGCAGGAUUCUUGUGCGCUCGAUGACAUUUUCUUCUAUCAGCGAGUGGAGAACGAGCAGCGGUUAUUGCGAGAAAAGUCACUGGAGCAGAAGUACUGGGAGUAUUUAGAGUUCUACAUGAACGUUUUUUCCAAAGCGCUGGAGUUCCAGGAUCGGAGAGAGUUGAAGAGUGCCUUCUUUGUCUUCCACAAAGUGAAUCUGCAGCAGAUUUGA